AUGGCUGGAGACCUUGAUGACCCGGUAGUGACGGUGCACCAGAGCAUAGGAGAAGCUAAGGAGCAGUUCUACUAUGAGAGGACCGUGUUUCUGCGCUGCGUGGCCAAUUCCAACCCACCUGUCCGCUACAGCUGGCAUCGUGGGAGAGAGGUCCUGACGCAGGGCUCGGACAAGGGGGUGGAGAUCUACGAGCCCUUUUUCACUCAGGGGGAAACGAAGAUUUUGAAGCUGAAGAACCUGCGUCCUCAAGACUACGCCAACUACAGCUGCAUCGCCUCUGUGAGAAAUGUGUGUGGGAUCCCUGACCGCAGUGUUAUCUUCAGACUCACCAAUAAGACAGCCUCCCCGUCCAUCAAGCUGCUGGUGGAGGAUCCUAUCGUGGUGAAUCCUGGCCAGACGGUAUCCUUGGUGUGCAUCACCACAGGUGGAGAGCCGCCCCCGAUUCUCACCUGGGUCAGCAGCAAUGACAGUCUGCCACAAAGGAGCGUGGUGAAGGGCGGCACGCUCACACUCCCGGCCAUCACCUCAGACGAGGCGGGAGUCUACAGCUGCGUGGCCAGCAACAACGUGGGGAACCCGGCAAAGAAGUCCACCACCAUUGUGGUGCGAGCUUUGAAAAAGGGGCGGUUCUGGAUCACUCCUGACCCCUACCACAAUGACGACAACAUCCAGAUCGGACGUGAGGUCAAGAUAUCAUGUCAGGUAUUGUUGCACUGGCAAAGCCACCCCCCAGAGGAGCUGACUUUCAGCUGGCUGAAGAAUGGCCGUGCCCUGCGGAGCUCCGAGCGUAUGGUCAUCACCCAGACGGACCCCGACAUCUCCCCCGGGACCACCAACCUGGACAUCAUAGACCUCAAGUUCACUGACUUCGGCACAUACACCUGUGUGGCGGCGCUGAAGGGAGGCGGCAUCCCAGAGAUCAGCAUUGACGUCAACAUCUCUUCCACAACUGGUGAGCCUCACACCCCUUUUCCUCGGGCAAGUCCCCUGGUGGCCCGCGAGGGUGACACAGUGGAGCUGGAGUGCCUUGUUUCAGGGAAGCCCAAGCCCAUCAUCCUGUGGUCGAGAGCCGAUAAGGAGGCGCCCAUGCCGGACGGCAGUAUGCAGAUGGAGAGCUACGACGGCGUGCUGCGUAUUGUUAAUGUGUCCAGGGAGAUGACGGGCUCAUAUCGCUGCCAGACCAGCCAGUUUAAUGGGUUCAACGUGAAGCCCCGGGAGGCCGUGGUGGAGCUGAUCGUACAAU